UGUACUUUGCGGCCAAUGGAUUUUCGUUUUGAAAUGAGAAAACCAAAAUCGGGAAACGAGCUGUUUCCCGAUUACCAUAUAGAGAUAGGAAAACAAAAAUCCGAAAAUGACCCAUUUUCCGAAUUUUGUUUUGAUAAUAGAAAACGGAAAACGGUAAAACGACCAGUUAUCUGAUUUUCUUUGAUGUGCUUAAACAUGGACAUCGGGAAUUAAAAUACUGCGUGGAAAUCUUCUUUCUCAAUUUUGCGAAUAUUUUUGUGUUGUGACCCGGAAGCUAUCAGUAGUUGGCGCGCGGUGUAUUUAAUUUGGAGCCAAGCUAUCAGUAGUUGGCGGUGUAUUUAAUUUGGAGCCAGACAUCCUUGAGACGCACCUCAAAAUGGCAUUGCACGAAUAUGCAGGUUUUAUUUCAGAACACCGAAAUAAUGGAAUGUCCUGUGGGGAUAUCGCCACUGCGUUAUGCACCCAGUUUGGAACUACACGGGGGUUUUCCGAGAGGAAUGUGCGGAGGUGGUGUGCUGAGCAGGGGCUUGUCAGGGACUUCUGCCCUGAUAGUCAACUUGAAGUUGAAGUCGCUGAAGGUAUUCUCGAGACUGGAUCGUCUUUUGGUCGAAAAAUGAUGACUGGAUAUCUAUCCGCAAAAGGGGUUAAAGCUUCUGAAGGCAGAGUGGGCAAUGUGUUGAGAAGUAUUCAUCAACCCUACCACAUUGCAAGACAGCAGGGUGCCCGGAAUCUGAACCCCAUACCCUACAAUGCAGAAUACAUGGGUCACAAGCUGCAUGUAGAUCAGAAUGAGAAGCUUGUUAUGUUUGGAGUGACUCAUGUUAUGGCUAUCGAUGGUUUCAGCAAGAAGGUGGUCGGUCACUCCACCAUGCCAAUAAAGAACAACAUCGUGAUUUAUGAGGAAGUGUACCGGCCUGCUGUUCUUUCCUAUGGAAUAUGGGACCAGGUCAGAGUUGACUGUGGGAAAGAAUUCUAUCUGGCUUUAUUCAUCCAGGAAAAACUGGCAGAACAUCGACACAAUACUCAAAGGCAGCCCUACCUUCAGACACCUUCUACAAGGAACCAUGUGAUAGAGAGAAUGUGGUCGGAGGUGAAUGCUCGAGUCAACUACCCUUUGAAGACAGCUCUGGUACAGCUGGUGGACCAGGAGGAACUGGACAUGGAGGACAACACAUCCAGGUAUUGUGUGUCAAACCUGACAUGCCAGCUGGCUAGGAUUGGCAUCACAAAUGUCGUACAGGCAUGGAAUGCACACAGGAUCCCAGGAAGGGGAAUACCAAACGAACUGGCUAAAGAAGGGUGUCCUGCAAAACUUUCUGAGGACCUUCUGCCAGUCGGUGCAGUUGCAGCUGACCUGUAUCAGCAGGAAAUGGGAUCAGCCUUGAAAAGAGAAUCCAUUUUUGGAAGUGAUCCUUUCCCCUCUGAAGAAGCCCAACAAUGGACUGAAACUGAGUUUGGUUCUCUCUUUGAUUUGCUAUCCCUCUUCCAAAAUGUGGUUAACCAUAACUAUGGCCCUUUUAAAAAUGCAGUGAGGUCUCUGAUUGAUAUCACCUCAAGACAUGUGCGACCUGUUACACAGUGACCUGCAAUGGUCAAUGAAGAAGCAGUAUACCAAAAAUAACAUUUUAUUACAACAAUGAUAAAGUGGAAGUUGUCUUUUUUCUUUUCUUUUUUUUAAAACGGUCACACACAAUAUAAACAUUACAACAAACAACAUCUUUCUGGUCAUGUACCCAUAAUAACAUCCAACAAACAAACUGAGGUAGUUCCAGUAAUGUAAACAUAACAAACAAUAACAAACAAUUAUCUAUCAAAUCAAAUCAAUUUCUCUCUCCUUGAAAAGUGACAAGGCAGCAGAGAGACCCUUCACUUCAUGUAUUUUAUUUUCAAAGUCUCCUGCCCUGCAUUUCAAGCAGUGGUCUGAUGUGACUAACCACAGCUCCACACAGGUACGACAUCCAAUUAUCGAUUCACAGCAUGUGGCGAACAUGGGAUCUGCCAUUACAGCUGCAAGGUUAAAAAAAUAUAUAUUAUAAAUUGAUGCAGAAAAUAACAUUUAAUUGUUAGUUGCAAUAUAGAAGGAAAUUAACUAAGCAAUCAGAAGUGUGUUUUAUCGCAGAGUGAAUGUUGAAGAUGGCGAUGAACACCCGUGACAGCUGGUCAGCGCAGUGCUUGAGGGUGGCAGGCGGCUAUGUUUUGUACUGUAGAAUGACCUACUGUUACAUAUCUUACACGUACCUUUACACACAAGACAUGCAAAGGCUUCCUUUAAGGGCUGCAAACCGACAUUUGCCAUUAUCUCCUCCUUUUGAGACUUGGCCAGCUGAGACAGCUGGUUGAUUGAAUUAGUGACCUCUUGGAGACUCCCGGCGGCUUGCUUCAGCUGGUCAACACGUCCAAGGACCUCCUGCAGGCUUGAAUCUCCAUCCCUUCGACUUAAAUGUAUGAACAGAAAAGAAAGGAUUAAAGAUUUUUUUCAAAUGGUGCAUAUGAACAAAUGUUUGAAUAUCUUUCUGAAUAUUUUAUAAAUCUUAGUUUACUCUGUAAAAGCGUCAACCUAUGAGACAUUGUUGUCAUAUAAUUGAAUCAUAAUGACUUCAUUCAUGAUCAUCACUCAAAAAAGCAGACCAAAUUAAGUUCAAAUAAUAAUUAUUCUUCCACUCUACUUUCUUUUUCCUUUCUUAACUUUUGCAUUACACUGGUAUUUCCUUCAGGAAGUUUUAGUUCAUAUAUGAAUUUGCCUACAGAUCAAAUGUUGUAUUACCUUGUUUUAGCUCUUCUCCCAUUCUGAAACUCCACAAAGUCACUUUCAGGCACAGCAUAUAUUUUUCUUGAGUUCUGUUUCCAGAACUGGGAACCUAAGAAGUCAGAAAACAUUAACUUCACUUCUGUUUUUAAAAGGGGUCAUUGACUUUUUGGGGGUAUUUCACACGGUUCCUUACGGUCUCCGAAUAGGGUAUGUAACAUUGGUUGGGCUGUAAACAAACACGUGUUAUUUAUUUGAAUGAAACACAGUCAGGGACAUGAAAUAACGUUAGCCACAUUGCCAAUAAACUAAACCAUCACAUCUACCGAUAAUAGAAACAGGGAGGAUACGUUAGCAACAACAUAAUACUACAGCUUGCGGUUGUAAUGAACAAAGGGUCAGAACAGCACCUUUUCAGCUACAUCUUCUUAGCAAAUCCUGCUUUACAUACCUACCGGUUUCUAAUUGUGAGAUUUGCAUAUGAAAGAAGUGUCAAUGGACUUUAAGGGUUCAUUGUAUGUACAUUUUACCCACUGAACUGUCGUUAAUCAACUGUGACAAGGUAAAUUUGUUUUUUGCAAUCAAUGACUCCUUUAAAAUCAACAUUAAGGUUUAUUAGAAACCACAAAUUAGAAGCAAGUUUCUGAUCAUACAACUUACUUCUUGUGCCCUCAGAGUCCAUUAUUUCGUUUCCUUGGGUGUCCGUCAAGGUAAUAGGCUCAUCAGAGCCCACGGCAUCUUGAACUUUGGCCGAAAUUCGUUCAACGCAGGCCUCAGCUUCCAAAAAGCGCACAACUACUGUCCUGGAAGGACUGAGUUUCUCAUUAACAAUUUCUGCCAGAUGGAUUGACCUGGGGAUAAAUCAGACCGUCUUAAAAUCACACCUAUGGGCCUAAAAUGAUAUUUAUAUAUUAUAGGACGAGAUUUUAGCAGCAGAGAUCAGUUACAUAUUUAACAAGUUACAUAUUUAACAAGUAACCUUUGGAAUGAUCUUCCCUGGAACAAGCUAGCUCCACUAGCUCGUGGAGUUCCAGCUCGUGGUGGUGGUGGUGGUGUUUCAGUGGAAAAACCAGACGCAGAAAAAGAUGUGGCAGAAGCAGAAGCCGGUGAGGGUCGGCGCAUGAACCCAAAAGCAGGGGCACCAGCAGCGGGUGGAAGGUGCUCUGCAUCGCCGUGGACCUCAUAAUGACUGCGAUUAGUCAGAUUAAUUAUUGAAAAAUGGCCUGCUGGCUCUGGAAAUAUUGCCGUGUUGGAGUCGUCCGUGAUAUAAAGACUGCUGCAACUGACCUGUUUAAUAGAAUUAAAUGAAAAAUACCAUAAAGGAUUAAAAAACAUUGUAAUUAAAUAGUACAAAUACUACUAAUCCCGUGUUUCCAUAACAAAUAUACAUCACAGGUCAACAUACUUAAAACAAUUCAUAUAUACAUUAGGGCUGUGAAAUGAUAAAAAAAAAAAGUGUGGAUUAAUCUGUGGAUUAAUCAUGAUUUAUCACAUAUUACCGAUUUUCUCUGUAUAUUAAUCAUGACAAAAGACGGAUAUAUACAUUUAACAUGUUUUCUUUUUUCAUUAAUGAAAAACUAAAACAAUGGUGCUGCAACUCAGCAGUUCUUUAAUAAUAAUUCAUUUUAUUUGUAACGCACUCUUCAGAAGUUUGUUCAGAAGAAUCUCAGAGCGCCAAGUCUUUAGCAGUUCUCUUUGCUUUUCCAUAUGGAACAUUAAUAUAUCAUCAUCCCAAAAAGAAUUCGGGCUUUUUAGCUAUUGUUUGGUUGAAUACAAAUGUUUCUUAUCUUUUCAAAUCAAACAGAAAUGAUUUGGGCUUCUUAGCCAGUGGAUGGUUGAAAAUGUCUCUUUAUUGUCAAACAACCAUUGACCACACCAUGACACAAUAUAGUCUUCCUUUCGCCAGCUGGUGUGGCAAACUACCUUGUUCACAUUCCCUGAUAGUAAAGCUGACGGCUUCUUUAGCACCAUGUGUCCUGUGACUGACAAGUGACAACAACGUCUUUCACACGGCAUUGUGGAUGAAGGAGUGGCUAGAUAUUUGCGAGCCCUGGCAGUUAGAUAUUUAGCGAACUAUGCUAACUAAUCAAUCUAGUUGAGAGAACAUCCCUAAACAGUUAUGUCAUGUCAACUAGUAUUAUUACCACUACUAGUACAUCACUAGUCUCUCCAACAAAUGAGUUAUUGUUAAAAUCAAAAUGUUAAUGUUACCGUUUGUAAAAUUGCAUGUGGGAAGUCAAAAAACUAUUUUGCGCUCAAAAAAUAGCCACGGCUAUGCUAACAUUAACUCAUUCUACCUGUCGUAGAAUGACAUGCCACCAAGCUAAGGCGCUGUGAACUGUGUGAGCAUUUUUUUUGCAAUGGAUAAAAGUGUCAAUUAUAAGUUGAAAAGUAACAUCACCUGAAAAAUCCUGCAAAUUUUGUCUGCAGACAUGUCCUCUUGCUUCAUAGUCAGCCGUUUGGGUCCGCGAAACAAUAUGAAGCUCUCCAUUUCCAUUCCAUGCAAUGUAACGGUUAAGCUUGUGAGAGGAACUUCCGGGUCACAACACAAAAUCUUCGCAAAAUUGAGAAAGAAGAUUUCCACGCAGUAUUUUAAUUCCCGAUGUCAAUGUUUAAGCACAUCAAAGAAAAUCAGAUAACUGGUCGUUUUACCGUUUUCCGUUUUCUAUUAUCAAAACAAAAUUCGGAAAAUGGGUCAUUUUCGGAUUUUUGUUUUCCUAUCUCUAUAUGGUAAUCGGGAAACAGCUCGUUUCCCGAUUUUGGUUUUCUCAUUUCAAAACGAAAAUCCAUUGGCCGCAAAGUAC